AUUCCCCCAAUUUUUAUGGCCAAAAGAAGGGGUCUUUAAGCGGUUGUAUAGACGGAGGGGCUUUAGUCGUCUCUCCAGGGCGUAAGAUGGAGGAAGAAAAGGCGGCAGCAUACUACGAUGAGCUGACACGUAAAGGAGAAGGCGCCGCAAGAUUCAAGCAAGGUCUUGGCUUUUCUUCAUCUUCCAACUCAAAUGACGCCGUUCCCAACCGUGGCUCUGCUCUUGCUUCUUCCUCUUCGUUUCUGAGUAGUUUUGUCAGAGCAUCAAGCCCCUCCAAAACCACCCAGUUCGAAAAACAAGCUCAGCUUCAAACUAUCCAAAACAAGCUCAAGAAGAAACCUAAACACGAGACAAGUUAUGACAAUAGCAUUUCUUCUAGUUUUUCAAAAGGAAAAACCAGUGGAAGCCCAAGUCCAAGUCCCGAAAAGCCUUCGAGCCGGAGAAGCCGAAGUCCAAGCCGGAAUUCAAAGCGUCGGAGCCGGAGCAGAGAUAAAGAGAGGCAUUCGAGACGCCGAAGCCGGAGUCGAAGCCGAAGUGAUUAUGGGUCGAAGCGUCCAUAUAGGUCUAGAAGUACAAGUAGAGAUAAACAUAGGGAAAGGGAAAGACAAAAAGAGCGGGAUCGAAGAUCAGACAAGGUUGGGAAAGAUAGAGGAUCUACGAUAGAUUAUAGCAAAUUGAUUCAAGGUUAUGAUAACAUGACUCCAGCUGAAAGAGUCAAAGCCAAAAUGAAACUUGAACUUUCAGAAAGUGCUCGAAAAGAUGAAACAAAAGGCAUGGGCUCUGGAUGGGAGCGUUUUGACUUCGACAAGGAUGCCCCUUUGGAUGACGAGGAGAUUGAAGCUGUAGAAGAUGAUGGUGCUUUAGUCAACCACAUUGGCAAAAGCUUUCGGUUUUCUGCGGUGGAGACUAGGAGGGAGGAACAAAUCAAGGCUGCUCAUGAUGAGGCUAUUUUUGGAGCUCCCUCGCUUCUGCCACUUCCACCUUCCACUGAAAUAGAUGAUGGAACCGAAGAGGAUAAUGGCAAAAAGGACCUCUCUGAAAUUGCCCCCGCCACAAUUCUCAUCAGUGGACAGGCACUGGCAAUGCAACAAGGUUCUUGGCGUGAUCGUGCACGUAGAUCAUGAGUUUUGUGAAUGCUUGGAAGACUUUUUAAAACAAAGUGAUGUGAUCACGCCUAAUACUCUGUUUAUGCCAAUGGAGGAUUUUUGGUUUUCUGCUUCUCUUGUAUCGGUUGUUGCCCGUUGCUUUUGUGGUGGUGUAAGUUCCUCGUUUUCUAACGGAUAAAUUGUGGAGAAGGGAAUUUAUGGAGUUGGGCUUUCAACUUUAAAAUAUCCAUUGUAGGUAAUGAUCUGUGUGUGAUGUGCUAAUUUUAUGAUGGAGAACUAGCAUGUAUUAACAUAGUGCAGGUAAUUUCUGUAAAUAUUUCUCUUUGGUACUCUGAA